UUUAAUCAAAGUGGCCCGUUUAGCCAUCUCCGCUAACUUCAUCAACUUUUGCAGCCAUUCGUCCAUUGCGGGAAUCAGAGUAUCCUUCCGUUUUUGUGCAUAGAGAGUAUUCUUGCUGCUCCACAGUCAUGUUUCUCAAUCCUGGCAGGUCGACAGAUGGGCUUCACUGCGGAAUUCUGGGAGUUGAAGUCCUCCCACCUGAAACAUGCCAAGCUUAUGAGAGAUGCUGCACUAGAGGCUUUCUUUGCUCCUUCCUGACAAAUGAAGAAGUCCCCCUCACUUGGCAGUUCAGUGCCUGUGGCUUCUGUUGCCAGGAAUCUCCAGCUUUUCAUUGGCAGACAAGUCCGUGAGCUGAGUUGUCCCUCACACGCUCCAGCCCACAGACAGUCGAAGAGGGUGUUCUGCAGAGGGAGAGGGUCAGCUUCUGUCGCUCUCCCCACUAGUCCUGUUUUAAUUGACAUUGGCUAGGAUUUGAUCUCUGGAAAACAAAGUGCUACAGUCUCAGUUGCUCCAUCGGUGGCUUGCAUUCCUCCCCCACUGGCUGAGGAUGGGCUUAACUGCUUCACCACCAAAGAGGAUCAGCCAUGGCCAACUUUGAAGGAAUCUCUUGAGAAUCUGGAGAAAGAACAGAGCAAUCUCUUGAAAGCCCUUCUGGAAAGUUGGAUGGCUUUACUUUAAGUCAGCUGGUUUGUUUUCCUCUUUAAUUCUUCAUUCCAAAGAGAGGAAAUUGGAUGAUCUCCCUGGCAACUAAAAAUCAGUUUUGUGAAGAAUGUCCAAGGAAUCAUCAGGUUUUUCUUGAACACAGUCUGAAAGCUCCAGUUCUGAAAUAAGGAAGAUAACAAUGUCAAAUAGUAACACCACUGCUACCUGAACUGUACUGGCUUCCAGUUGCUUUCUGGGUCCAAUUCAAGGUUAUCACCUUUAAAGACCUACGUGGCAGAGGAUCAGAUUACUUGUGGGAGCACCUCUCGCUGAAGUUGCCUGUGGAUUAUGGGUACAACUGCCAGCACAGCUCAGCAGACAGUAGCAACAGCAACAUUUGAGAAUAUUCACGGCAGCGGAACCAUGGAGGAUCACCAUUCCCUCAGUAUCCACUCCUUCCAGACCAUUGGCCUCCACAAUAACAAAGCCAAGUCUAUCAUUACUAAUAAGGUGGCGCCUGUUGUCAUUACUUACAACUGCAAGGAAGAAUUUCAAAUACAUGAUGACUUAUUGAAAGCCAGCUAUACUGUGGGGCGGAUUACAGAAUCUACUCCAGAACACUAUCUUGUCCAGGGGAAAUAUUUUAUGGUCCGUGAUGUAUACGGCAUAUUAGAUGUCCUGAAUACUUCCAGCACUUGUGGGGCUCCCAACUUUCGGCAGGCCAAAGGAGGAUAUGCAGUGUUUGGGAUGGGGCAGCCCAGCUUUGGUGGAUUCAAGCAAGUCCUGCAGAAGCUCCAGAAUGAUGGUCAUAAGGAAUGCAUUGUGUUUUGCGUUCGUGAAGAACCUGUACUUUUUCUGCGGAUGGACAAUGAUUUCAUCCCCUACACUCCAAGAGCAAAGGAGAACUUGAAGGAGAACCUACACAAUCUGCAAACAGGAGUUAAAGUAGAAGACCUGGAAAUCUCUAUUCGAAAAGAGAUCCAUGACUUUGCCCAGCUGAGUGAGAAUAUAUAUUAUGUCUACAAUGAUACUGAACAUUUCAAAGAUGAGCCACAUUCAGUCAAAAUUUUCUGUGAAGAAGACAUCCAGGUGACGGAGGAAGUGUACAAGAGACCUGUCUUCCUGUUGCCAUCUUAUAGGUACCAUCGUCUGCCUUUGCCUAUGGAUGGAGCUCCUUUAGACACACAGUUUGAUGCUUUCAUCAGUUUCCUUCGGGAAAGUCCAAAUCUGCUCUUUCUCCAAGAUCCCAGCAAGCCACCUCCUGCCCUGGUUUUUAGUUGCCAAACUGGUGUCGGGAGGACCAAUUUCGCCAUGAUCUUAGGAACUCUGGUCCUCUAUCACCGUAAACGUGGCCUGGAAAAACAAGAUCACAGCCUUCCACAGUCUACCAAAUAUUCACCCAGGGAACAAUUUCGGAUUAUUCAGAACUUCAUUAGCAUGGUACCUAAUGGCCAACGGAUAGUGGAAGAGGUGGAUGCUGCCAUUGCCUUAUGUUCAGAAAUGCAUGAUGUGAAGGAAGCCAUGUAUGAAUACAAGAGGAAAUUGGAAGGAAUUGGAGAAGAUUAUCAAAACCAGAAGAACAGCACCAAAGAGUGUUUCCUUCAGAAGACAUUACAGAGACUUGAACGUUAUUUCUUCUUGAUCAUUUUCAAUUAUUACCUUCAUGAACAGUAUCCCUUGGCUUUUGCUCUCAAUUUCAGUAGAUGGAUCUGCAGGCACCCUGAGCUGUAUAGACUUCAAGCCAACAUGAAUCUGUCAGAACUUACAAUCACAGCGGAACAGAUAACUAAGGGAGUACGGGUGCUGGUUGUGGAUGAACGGUUUUCUCCAGAUGUUCUUAGUACCAUCAAAGACAUGAACGUGGCCAAUUUCCGGAGAGUUCCUAAAAUGCCUGUGUAUGGAAUGGCUCAGCCCAACUCCAAAGCGAUUGGGAAUGUCUUGAACUAUUUGACAGAUGCAAAGAGGAAACAUUCUCACAUCUUAUGGAUUAAUCUCCGUGAAGAUAUAGUUCUAGAAGAGAACGAACAAACCUAUACCUUACGGGAAAUUGGCAAUCUGGAACAGCAGAUAACGGUACCCGUAGCAUCAUCAGAACAACUAGAGAAACUGGAAUCUAUCUUGAAGAAUGAUCUGUUGAAAUCCCAGAAACGGAUUGAGGUUUAUUUGGAACAGGAGAAACAGAUGAAAAUAUUGAAAUCAUGCUUAACCAUGCAGGAGAUAUUUAACCAGCACAAAAGCAAUUGCCAAGGGCUGGCCUACAAACGGAUCCCAGUUCCAGACUUCUGUGGUCUGAAGGAGAAGGACUUUGAUCAGAUGUUGGAAGCCAUGAAGGGCGCACUGGCUGAAGACUCUCACACAGCCUUUGUGUUCAACUGUCACAGUGGCAGAGGAAGAACUACAACAGCCAUGGUUAUUGCUGUCCUCAUCCUUUGGCAUUUCAAUGGAAUCCCUGAAAUCACGGAGGAUGAGAUUGUGAGUGUGCCUGAUGCCAAAUACACAAAAGGAGAAUUUGAGGUGGUAAUGAAAGUGGUCCAGAUAUUGCCAGAGGGACACCGAAUGAAGAAGGAGGUUGACAUGGCAUUGGACACAGUGAGCGAAACGAUGACACCUAUGCACUACCACCUGAGAGAAAUCAUCAUUAGUACAUACAGACAGGGGAAAACUGCAAAGGAGGAAGCAGACAUGCGGACCUUACAGCUAAGGAGCCUACAAUUCUUGGAAUGUUAUAUUUAUCUCAUUCUGUUCAACGCGUAUCUUCACUUGGCAAAAAAAGACUCCUGGGAGAAACCUUUCAGCGUCUGGAUGCAUGAGGUGGCAGCCAAGGCCGGUGUCUACGAGAUCCUGAACCAUCUGGGGUUUUCUGAAUUUGAAACGCUGGACAGCCAGGCACUCGCCCAGCUUCGCUAUCGCUGGCAGGAGCAAAGCCGUAGCAUCCUGCCCUUCCGAGGAGAGUUCAUUUAGGACGCAAC